GGGCUUGGUUCGGACCUAUCCCUGUCAGAAAGCAAGGAAGUUGACAGAAAGCGUUACUAUUGAACAUCAAGCACGUUUGAAUGUAAUUUGCGAUGUGGGCGGAGAGACCCAGGGGCUUGCAUUCCACUACUUUGGAGCCCAGGCGGUGCCUGGCAGACGUGUAGGGUUGCUCUCUGCGAAACAGCCUUGACAGCAACACUACAGAAAUGGCGGAGGGAGAGUUGGAUGUCGAUUCGCUUAUCUCCAGACUCCUAGAGGUGAGAGGAUGUCGUCCGGGGAAGAUUGUGCAGAUGACAGAGGCGGAGGUACGGGGGCUCUGCAUCAAAUCCAGAGAGAUCUUCCUCAGCCAACCCAUCCUGCUGGAGCUGGAGGCUCCGCUCAAAAUCUGUGGUGACAUCCACGGCCAGUACACAGACCUGCUGCGGCUCUUUGAGUACGGCGGCUUCCCCCCCGAGGCUAACUACCUGUUCCUGGGCGACUACGUGGACCGAGGGAAGCAGUCGCUGGAGACCAUCUGCCUGCUGCUGGCCUACAAGAUCAAGUACCCCGAGAACUUCUUCCUGCUCCGCGGGAACCACGAGUGCGCCUCCAUCAACCGCAUCUACGGCUUCUACGAUGAGUGCAAGCGCCGGUUCAACAUCAAACUGUGGAAGACCUUCACUGACUGCUUCAACUGUCUCCCCAUCGCCGCCAUUGUGGACGAGAAAAUCUUCUGCUGCCACGGAGGUCUGUCCCCUGACCUUCAGUCCAUGGAGCAGAUUCGCCGCAUCAUGAGGCCUACAGACGUGCCCGACACAGGGUUGCUGUGCGACCUGCUAUGGUCGGACCCUGAUAAGGACGUGCAGGGCUGGGGUGAGAACGACCGCGGCGUCUCCUUCACCUUCGGGGCCGACGUGGUCAGCAAGUUCCUCAACCGCCACGACUUAGACCUCAUCUGCAGAGCGCACCAGGUGGUGGAGGACGGCUAUGAGUUCUUUGCGAAGAGGCAGCUGGUCACUCUCUUCUCAGCGCCCAACUACUGCGGCGAGUUUGACAACGCCGGCGGAAUGAUGAGCGUGGACGAGACUCUCAUGUGCUCCUUCCAGAUCCUGAAGCCGUCGGAGAAGAAGGCCAAGUACCAGUAUGGAGGCAUGAACUCCGGCCGACCGGUCACCCCGCCCCGCACAGCCACCCCUCCCAAGAAGCGAUGAACGAGGGACACAGGAGGUGGCGAAAAAACGAGUGAAGAGGACGAACGAACGAGUGAAGGAUGCUAAAAAGAGAGAGAAGGGGGAGGAGGGAGGGAAAGAAGGGAUGGUGCCGUGAAACGAGAUACAAGAAAGAAAAAAAAACGAGAAGCAGUUUUCUUGUUUGUCUUUUUUGAAGACAUUGAACUUUUAUUUCUCUCGUUUUUUUUUUGCUCCGUCUCCUUCCUCUUCUCUCCAGAAUGUUUUGUGUAUCGCUUAUUGCCUAGACACCCCUUACUGCCCCCCCCCCCCCUUUUCAACGCAUUUUGUCUGUGUAACCUACUCCCCUCUCCAUACACCCCUCCACAUAGAUAGACAUACAUACAUACAUGGGCAUGCAUACUUUUAACACACACACACACACACACGCACCUGUUUUUAAAAAGAAGUGUUUGAAACAAGAAAAAGAAAAAAGAAAAAAAAAGAAACAAAUGAACACCCUUGCGGUCAUUCUGUUUGUGUAUCAGAGUGUUGUUUUCCCCCUACCCCAGUUUUGCUUUUUUUCCGCUUAUAACAGAAUGACGCACAACUACCAGCUUAUGUUUUUGUUUUGUUUUGUUUUUUCGCUUUCUUUCUUUUCAGUUGACCAUUUCAUCCCUCUCUGGCCUGUUUGACAUAAACAGGCGUUACUGUUGAUUGCUGGGUUUUCAAUAAACUUGGGGAUUAAAACA